UUAUGUUAGCAGAAAAACAACAAAAUGGAGCAAGUUUUAAUUACGCUUAGUUUGAUUGCAAUUAUCAUAAUAUGUUUUAUAUUGUGUUUGACAAUUGUAUUAGCUGCACUUGGAAAAUCUCUUGGCGUUCGCAGAUUAUAUGUUGAAACGUUGUUAAAGGUGUUUGAGUUUGGUCGCAAGCGUAUCAAAAGUUAUGCAGAAAUGGAACGUCACCGGCCUGAGCAAGGUGAAGGGGACUUGGACACAGCGGAAGGUUUGCCUGGCGAGGAUUCUGUUCCUGAUACACCAACAACACCAACAACCAAGACACCAGAUUUCGACCAGGUGAUACAUCGAGAUAUAUCUAUAUCUGCUACUGAGGGCAUUACAAUUCCAUCCAAGCGAUCAGAUUAUAACCUUAGUUGGCGUAGGGAGUUCAACAUUUCUGACAUGAUGUACUUUAUGAAGUGCGGAAUGGAGUGCAUAAUACAAGAUGAUGUUACACAAAGAUUUACAGCUGAAGAAUUACAAAGUUGGAAUUUACUGACUAGAACUGAUAAUGGUUACCAAUUUAUAAGUAUGAGACUAACAAUACUAUGGGGAGCUGGAUGUGUUGUUCGAUAUGGUAUACUUCUUCCAUUUAGGAUGGUGUUGUGCAUAUUCGGUUUACUGUUUCUAAUAAUGUCAACAUUCCUUAUUGGCUACAUACCAGAGGGAGAAAUGAAAAGAAAACUGAACAGCACCUUCAGUCUCAUGUCUCAUAGAAUCCUGUGCCGAGCCAUGUCAGCAACAGUUACCUUUCAUAAUAGUCCCAUUUGCAAACCUCUGCGAGGAAUCUGUGUGGCCAAUCAUACUUCACCUCUGGAUGUUGUCAUACUCAGCUGCGAUAACUGCUAUGCUAUGGUUGGUCAGAGCCAUGGAGGGUUCCUGGGCAUUAUGCAGCGGGCUCUGUCCCGGGCAACCAGUCAUAUCUGGUUUGAACGCUCCGAGAUUAAGGAUAGACUUCUAGUCUCAGAAACGAUGAAGGAGCAUGUGGAAAAUGAAGACAAAUUGCCAAUUCUUAUAUUUCCUGAAGGUACUUGUAUUAACAACACCUCAGUUAUGAUGUUUAAAAAAGGAGGCUUCGAAGUCACUCCAAUUGUUUAUCCAGUAGCAAUAAAGUAUGACAGUCGGUUUGGCGAUGCUUUCUGGAACAGCAGUAAGGAGAGUAUGGUGCGCCACAUCUACAACAUCAUGACCUCCUGGGCCCUGGUGGCCGACGUCUGGUACCUACCACCCAUGAGACGAAACGAUGGUGAAGAUGCUGUUAGUUUUGCUGGGCGUGUGAAGGCCGAGAUUGCGCGGGCUGGAGGACUUGUGGACUUAGAAUGGGAUGGCCAGUUAAAAAGAAGCAAGGUUAAAGACACUUGGAAAAGUAAAUCGCAGCAGGAUUACAGCAAGAUUAUUAAAGCAGAAUGAUUAAAUAGAGCUCAUUUGUUUACAUAGCAUAAGAUGCGGGUGUUCAAGCAGGCCCUACCUUUCCUUAUUUACCCUACAUUUUAUAAUGCUCCAACUUUUUCUUGGAAAGGCUUGACUAUCCUUAUUUUUUUUUACACUCUUUUUCUAUUAGGCUACUUUUUCUUGGAAAAUCUCGACUAUCCCAUAAUAUCUGUUAGGCUACUUUUUCUUGGAAAAUCUCGACUAUCCCAUAAUAUCUGUUAGGCUACUUUUUCUUGGAAAAUCUCUUCUAUCCCAUAAUAUCUGUUAGGCUACUUUUUCUUGGAAAAUCUCUUCUAUCCCAUAAUAUCUGUUAGGCUACUUUUUCUUGGAAAAUCUCUACUAUCCGAUAAUAUCUGUUAGGCUACUUUUUCUUGGAAAAUCUCUUCUAUCCCAUAAUAUCUGUUAGGCUACUUUUUCUUGGAAAAUCUCGACUAUCCCAUAAUAUCUGUUAGGCUUCUUUUUCUUGGAAAAUCUCUGCUAUCUGAUAAUAUCUGUUAGGCUACUUUUUUUUGGAAAAUCUCUUCUAUCCCAUAAUAUCUGUUAGGCUACUUUUUCUUGGAAAAUCUCGACUAUCCCAUAAUAUCUGUUAGGCUACUUUUUCUUGGAAAAUCUCGACUAUCCCAUAAUAUCUGUUAGGCUACUUUUUCUUGGAAAAUCUCGACUAUCCCAUAAUAUCUGUUAGGCUACUUUUUCUUGGAAAAUCUCGACUAUCCCAUAAUAUCUGUUAGGCUACUUUUUCUUGGGAAAUCUCGACUAUCCCAUAAUAUCUGUUAGGCUACUUUUUCUUGGAAAAUCUCGACUAUCCCAUAAUAUCUGUUAGGCUACUUUUUCUUGGAAAAUCUCGACUAUCCCAUAAUAUCUGUUAGGCUACUUUUUCUUGGAAAAUCUCUACUAUCCCAUAAUAUCUGUAACGCUCAACUCUCCCUUUAUUUCUGUUAGGCUCCUUUUUCUUGGAAACGCUCUACUAUCCCAUAAUGUAAGCCUCCCCCUUUUCUAAGAAAAGCUCUACUAUCACCAACCUUUGGAAAGAAAAACCACUACAUCCGAUCAGGGCAAUUGAGGUAUCACUGUAAAGGUCUUAACAAGCCCCAUUCAUAACCAAGUAAAGAGCCCGACCCUCCCUCCUUCUUGCCCUUUAACUCUCUCCCUGAUCCAUACAUUUCUUUUCUUUACAAAUCCUACAUUUUUCCUCUCCUUUUAUGUUAUUUUCCAUUUUGAAAGCCUGAAAAUAAUCCUCUAUUGUUCAUUAUUUUUAUGCAUAUACAUUUUUGAUUGGAUUGGUGCAUCAUUAAAUUGUUAUCAUAUGCAUAUAUUCAAUUUCAACCAUUAUCAUUUUCAAUUUUUAGUAAAUUACUUAUUUUUACAUUCAUUUUUCAUUGCAGAAAUAGGCUUACAUUUUGUAUUUUUCAUCAGUAUCAAACGGGUUAAAUCCAUUUGAUUGCAUUUAAAUUUUAUAUUGAUUGCCAAGUGAUGGCCAAAGAUGGUUUUCAUGCAACUUGUUAGUAUAAAACAUAGCCAUGUUCUACUGCAAAGAUUUUGUUAUUCAGUGUUUUUGGUGCUGCGAAUUAAAAGGUUCAGCUCUGCAAGUGCUGUUCCUCUGAUGUGCAAUUAAAAGAGUUUUUGUGUCACCUGCGAAAUCCUGGCUGACACAUGGGGAUGUCUGUGUUUGUCAUUGUUGGCAUUACAUUUUCGUUUGAGUCGAAUGAUGAGUCUGAAAACUUGGUGUGCACAUCUGUGACCCCUAUUGAUUUUAUGGUCUUUUACUUAAAGGUUACUUUUACAAUUAUGGGAAUUUCUGAUGAAAAAAAUUGUAAUGUCUUCAAACUUGGUGUUCAUAUUGGUCAUUGCCAGUAAGUUUGACCACUUUCUAUUUUGAGGUCAAUAGGUGUCAAGGUGACAACUAGAAAAAUUAUUGGUGUUUCUGAUCAAUAACUUUUGAACACCUUAGUGCAGAGUAUUAAACUUGGUAUGCACAUUGGUCAUGGUCAGAAGAUGACCCCUAUUGAUUUUGGUGUCAAUAGGUCAAGGUCAUAGUGACCUUAACUAGAAAAAUGGAGACAGAGACAGGCACCAAAUCGGAUUCACAGAAUUCUAGUCUGUAAGAGCCAUAAACAUGUACAGUUUGUAUGCGUAGUCUAGUUACCGCUGUAUUUUAUACGUCUCACAUGCAUGCAUAUUUAUUUCUGCCAGCUAUUAUUACUUUAUAUUAUAUUUGUUUUUGGUUUUUGUUGUCUUUAUGUGAUACUGUCUCUUUUUUACAUUUCGGACACAAUUACUUGAAGUGAUGAACUCAGCCUCAGGCUACUAUUAAUAUAUAGUUUCUUUUGGUGUUUCCAUAUCUUUUUACCUCAAAGCCCCUAAAUUCCAUAAUCAAAAACAAAAAAUCAAUAUUACAAAUAAAAAGGCUUAAAUAAACUUGGAUGGCAGGUUUUUUUGUGAGUUGGUAGGGAAAUGCCAAAGAAAUUUGCUCUAUUCACAAUUAUUUGUACUGUGUUCGUUCACUGUCAGAAAGGGGACGGGUAGGGGAAGGGGCAUUUUCUAGAAGUUUUGUACAAUAUGUUACAAAUUCUGCUACAUGUGGCAGACUAGUCUUUCAAGAUUAUACAGAAAACAUGUCAAACACCACUGCACAUGUUUAGGUAUCAAGUUGGUAUCCUAGAAUAUACUUAAAGACAUGCUUGUUCAGACUUUUGUUCAACGUUGUUAACGAUAUUGAUAAUUUUUAAACAUUUUCUGCUCUGGAUGUACUCUUGUGAUCUGUAGUAUUUCAACCAAGGUUUGAGAUAACAUAUUCAGCUGUACUUGUAAAUAUUUUAUGUUUAAAAGUUAACAAUAAUAUGUCAUUAACAACAUUGUUGAAUUUAACACUGCUUAACAAUCUGCCCAUGACUUGGCAGUCACAAAUAAAAUAUGAUUAUCUUAAACCUAUGUAUAACCUUAAUUCAAUUUGACCCCCAGUAAGAGUCAAGGAAAUCAACUUAUAAAAAUGUUCACAUACAGGGCGGAUUGUUCAGAACUUUGUUAAAGUUAACAACAUGAUUAACAACAUUGUUGUUAUCUUUUAAACAUGAAAUAUUUGAUGAUGCGCUCACAUAUUUAAAUAAAAACAAGCACAGCUUAGACAGCUAUCCCAAAAUUUGUUAGAAAUAAAGCAUAUCACAGGUGCAUCCAUUUAAACUUCGAUAGCAGUAACAAAUUGGAAGUUAAAAAGUUAAAAGUUAACAAUGUUGUUAACAUUACCAAAUUUGAGAACAUUCUGCCCAUAAUUAUUAUUGAAUAUUUGUGUAGAUUGUAUAGUCUUGCCGACAUUAUUAAGAGUUGAUCCUUAAUUUUUUUUUAGCAGUAUGCACCUAUAUUUAUGUUUUGUAUGAUCAUAUGUGUUGUUUAUUGUUUUCAUUUAUGACUUAAGUUGUUAAGUGGUAAUAUCUGGCCUGUAAGUUCAUCAGUUAAUAAAACACAAAAAGGG